AUGGAAUUCGAGGUUGGCAUUCCUUUCAUUCCCAGCGACGCUGCUUGCCCCCCGCCUGCCCCUCGGGGGCGUCGCGGUGACUCAGCAGCAGCAGCAGCAGAAGCAGCAGCAGGAAGUGCCGCUGGAGCAGCAGCGGGCGUGGCGGCAGAAGCAGCAUCAAAAGCACACGCAGCAGCAGCCGCAGAGGCGGGAUCAAUGGCAGCAACAGCCGCAGCAGCAGGAGCCCCAGCAGCAGCAGCAGCAGCAGCAGCAAACAAGGACGACGGCCCUGCGGUGUACCAGACGCAACUAAACGUAGAAGGGACUUCCCUUAAUUUGCUUCGCGUUUCUUUCAUGGACAGAGCUCUUGUCAUUUUAUCAGAUGAUGCAAAAGUCGCAGCUUGGCUGGAAGGCUCUACAGAUGAAAUGGGAGACAGUGGGGUGCGUUUUCUCUUGGGGGACAGGGCCAAACGCCACUACAUCGUCUACGCUCAGGAGCUGCUGCUGCGCCUCAAGGACCCUCGAGACUGUGUCCAAGACUUUGUGUUCGGCCUAUCUAUCCAAAACGAGAGUCCUGCUUUCUUUCGCGCGUUCCGCAAGGCCUGGGCGGACGCUGUUGGUGAAGACCUUAAGGAAGAAGAGCCAACGUUUGAUGACUACUAA